AGCAACAAGACAACAAAAAUAAAUUCUGGACAACAAUUCAGAGUUCAUGAUGGCGGCGUCGAUGUUACGCCGGGAUAAGAAAACAACAGCCGCCCUUCUAAAGACAGAACUAAAUCGAACUGACAACAGUUCUGGUGUCCGACUACUUCAAGAACUGCUUGAUAAUGUUUUAAAUCCUGAAAAGCCAGCGGCGGAUACGGAGGCCCUUGAAUGGUGUAAAAACCUAUUGGCAGGAGGGGAAGGAUUCGAGGAGUUCUGCAAGACGGUCCGGUCCUAUGACAACGCUACCUUGUGCGGCUUGGUCUGGACAGCCAAUUUUGUGGCAUACCGAUGUCGGACCUGCGGGAUUUCCCCUUGCAUGUCAUUGUGUGCGGAAUGUUUUAACAACGGCGAUCACACGGGCCAUGAUUUCAAUAUGUUCAGAAGCCAGGCUGGUGGGGCCUGCGACUGUGGAGACAGUAAUGUCAUGCGGGAAAGUGGGUUUUGUAGACGGCAUCGGUUAAAAACAGGGGAGAAUGUCCCCACAGUACCCAGGGACUUGCUGCUGAUGUCUGAAAUGGUGCUACCUCGCUUCAUUGUCAGCAUCAUACAGUAUUUAAGGGAUGGAUACACAGAGCCAGACUCGUCACCAGAGAGGGACCUGCAGAAGGUUCUUCAGCAGCUGGAGCCUCAGAUAUCCUUCCUAGAAGAGCUUACAAAGAUGGGCGGGGCCAUGCGGACCGUGCUGACAAAGAUCCUGACCAAUCAGCAGACCUUUAAAGAACUCAGCAUGGGUCAGGAAGAAAAUGUGUAUGCAAAGAAGAACUAUGACAAGUAUCUGUCUGCUCUGAAGAGCUCGGGCCUGGUCACGGUGGAGGAGAAGGGAGCGGGAGCGGCAGCCGCGGCUGGAGGAGGAGGUGCCGAGGCUGGGGCAACGGUUGGAGCAGCGUCCCUUAGCUUACUGGGAGCCACUGCUGCUGUAAGCUCUGUUGAAUCCAGUAAAGAGGAGGACCAGGAUGGAGGGCAGAGUGUGGGGCAGCGCAAGAGAGUGAAGCUCAGCAGCACCACCAAAGACCCAUCGAUCAUGGACACUCUGAAGCACAAGUGUUUCUUAGAGGAGCUGCUGUUCUGGACGAUAAAGUACGAGUUCCCACAGAAGAUGGUCACUUUCUUGCUCAACAUGUUGCCCGAUCAAGACUACAAGAUCACGUUCACCAAGACGUUUGUGCAGCACUACGCCUUCAUCAUGAAGACGCUGAUGAAGAGCCAGGAGUCGGACACCAUGUCCAACCGCAUCGUGCACAUCAGCGUGCAGCUGUUCAGCAACGAGGAGCUGGCGCGCCACGUCACCGAGGAGUGCCAGCUGCUGGACAUCAUGGUCACUGUGCUGCUCUACAUGAUGGAGAGCUGCCUUAUCAGGAGCGAGCUGCAAGAUGAGGAGAAUAGCCACCAUGUGGUGGUGAACUGUGGCGAGGCUCUUCUGAAGAACAACACCUACUGGCCUUUAGUUAGUGACUUCAUUAACAUUCUCUCACACCAAAGUGUCGCCAAGCGCUUCCUGGAGGACCACUCCCUGCUCAUGCUCUGGAUGAGCUUCGUGUCCUUCUUUCAAGGUAUGAACCUGAACAAGCGGGAGCUGAAUGAGCAUGUGGAGUUUGAGUCGCAGACGUACUAUGCAGCGUUUGCAGCCGAGCUGGAGGCCUGUGCCCAGCCCAUGUGGGGUUUGCUCACACACUGCAAAGUCAAGGAGACGCAGGAGUACACAAAGACAGUGGUGCGCUUCUGCCUGGAGGCCCUCCAAGUGUGGUUCGAUAACAUCGGCUUCGUGGACGAGCCUGCGCCCAAUCAGGUGACGUUUCACUUACCUCUGCACCGAUACUACGCCAUGUUCCUCAGCAAGGCGGUGAAGUGCCAAGGCCUGGAUCUGGACAGCCUGCUGCCUGACCAGGAGAUGCUGAUGAAGAUCAUGGUCCACCCUCUUCAGAUCCAGGUGAGCCUGUCGGAGAUCCACAGCAACAUGUGGGUGAGGAACGGCCUCCAGAUCAAGGGUCAAGCCAUGACCUACGUCCAGUCCCACUUCUGCAACUCCAUGAUUGACCCCGACAUCUACCUGCUCCAGGUGUGUGCGUCUCGACUGGAUCCUGAUUACUUCAUCUCUUCAGUUUUCGAGAGAUUUAAGGUGGUGGACUUGCUGACCAUGGCCUCCCAGCAUCAGAACUCGGCGCUGGACUCAGAGCAGGAGCGGCCCAUGCUGGAGGGAGCGCUCACCUUCCUGGUCAUCCUCUGCAGCCUGCGCAUACACCUGGGCAUGGCGGACGAUGAGAUCCUGCGUGCGGAGAUGGUGUCCCAGCUGUGUAUGAAUGACCGCACCCACAGCUCCCUGCUGGACCUCAUCCCUGAGAACCCGAACCCAAAGAGUGGCAUCGUCCCGGGCAGCUGCAGCUUUGAGGACAUGCUGUCUGCAGUGGCCGACUUCAAGGCCCCUGUGUUUGAGCCCGGAGGCUCCAUGCAGCAGGGCAUGUACACACCCAAAGCCAAGGUGUGGGAGAAGGAGUUUGACCCCAUCAUGGUGAUCCUCAGGACAGUCUACAGGAGGGACGUGCAGUCAGCCAUGGACAGAUAUGCUGCAUUUUUGAAGCAAUCGGCAUCAAUCUCAGGCAAUCCGUGGCCACCUUACAAAGAGAGGACCCCUCUGCACUCGUGCUACAGGGGCCUGGUCCGCCUGCUGCACUGCAAGACCCUCCACAUCGUCAUCUUCACGCUGCUCUACAAGAUCUGGAUGGACCAUCCCAACAUGUCGGAGCAUGUGCUGUGCAUGGUGCUGUACCUCAUAGAGCUGGGGCUGGACAACCAGGUUCAGGACGAGGAGGACGAGGAGCCGUGUAUAGAGGAGCGUUGCCAUGACAGCUGGUUCCCGGGCACCAGCCUCCUGUCCAACCUGCACCACAUCAUCAACUACGUGCGCGUGCGCGUACCUGAGGACGCACCUGAGGUCAAGAGGGAGACACCGCCCAGCACCAGCGCCGAGAGCAGCCCGCCUAGCCAGAACCUGCGUGAGGCCCAGCUCUUCAGCCUGGUGGCGGAGCGGCGGCGCACGUUCCAGGAGAUCAUCAACCGCAGCAACCGCGAGGCCAGCCUGGCCGCCGCCUCCGCCGCCACACGGCCCAAGAGCUCGUCCUCCGCCCGCUGGCUCCCGCCGGGCACCUCGCACGCCCAGGCCGCCGCCGCCGCCGCCGCCACCGCCGCCACCGCCGCCCCGCAGCUGGUCACCGAGAUCCUGGAGGUGCGCGAGAGCAUGCUGUCCCUGCUGGUCAAGCUCCACGGGAAGCUGUCGGCGCGUGGGGCCGCCCCGCUCUCCGCCGCCCAGCUGGAGGAGGUUGGCGAGGGGGGUGCGGGCGCAGGUGGCGCGGAUGGCGCGGGGGGUGCGGGUGGAGCGGGCGUGGCGGGCAGCGACCCGGCCGCGUUUGCGGUGGGCCACGGCGACGGGCUGACGGCCAUCCAGCGCAUCCUGGGCAAGGCGUCGGCGCGCAGCCGGCUGAGUCGCCGCUGCAUCCAGGAGGCGUGCGGGCGCCAGUGCCCCCCCGUGCCCCCCAAGAAGAACAGCCCCGCCGACAAGAAGAGCAUGGACAAGGAGGAGAGGCGCCAGAGGGCUCGUGAGCGACAGCAGAAGCUGCUGGCAGAGUUCGCCUCCAGGCAGAAGAGCUUCAUGGAGACGGCCAUGGACGUGGAGACUCCAGAUGCUGACUCAGGCAUGGACUUGGAGGCGUCGGAGGAGGCGAGUGAGGAGGUGCUCUACGACUGCGUCAUCUGCGGCCAGAGCGGCCCCUCCACAGAGGACCGGCCCACUGGCCUCGUGGUGCUGCUGCAGGCCUCCUCAGUGCUGGGCCACCGGAGCAGAAGUGACGAGCCCAAGAGGCUGCCCACCAGCGACGAGGAGCACAUUUACCCAGAAGACACCUGUGGAGCCGCCAGCGACGUGCGACUCUCCCUCAUGCAGCGCGACUUCAAAGAUAGUUCCUGUCUGCAGUCGGUGUCCAUCGGCUGGGACGGCGGCGUGUACGUGCAGACCUGCGGCCACACGCUGCACAUCGACUGCCACAAGUCCUACAUGGAGUCGCUGAGGAAUGACCAGGUGCUGCAGGGCUUCUCCGUGGACAAGGGCGAGUUCACCUGCCCCCUGUGCCGGCAGUUUGCCAACAGCGUGUUGCCGUGCCGACCGGGCCGGGGCUCGGAGGUGGGCGCCUGGCACGUGCCCAGCAGCAAGCCCAUGCACGCGCUGGUCAAGGAGGUGGAGGACCUGCAGGACCAGCUGGCCAUUUUCCCCGUAAGCGACGACACUACGGAGUCCAACCUCACCAAGGAGAUGGAGUCGGUGAUCAAGGACAUCAAGAACACCACGCAGAAGAAGUACAUGGACUACGGCAAGAACCCCGGCUCUCCCGACAACGACUUCCUCUUCAUGUACUCCGUCGCCAGGUCUAAUCUGGAGUUGGAGAUGGUGCAUCGGGGAGGAAACCUUUGCUCUGGGGGAGCCAGUGCUGCAGCCAAGCGGUCCUGUCUCAAUCAGCUCUUCCAUGUGUUGGCUAUGCACAUGCGUCUGUACAACAUAGACUCCGCCUACAACCCAUGGACCCGCCUCACGCAGAUAUCACACAGCAGGGACGAGCACUAUGACGAAGAGAGGCCUGAGGUGCCCAUGCUCUUCAGAGACGUCCCCUCCCUCCUCAUCAUCUUCGUGCUGACCAUGCCUCAGCCCUUACGCAAAGAGCACUUUAUGUGUGUGGUGAAGGUACUAUACACACUGCAGUACACCCAGGGCCUGGCGGCGCUGUCCAUCAAGUUUAGCCCUGAGGAGCGACAAGCCUGGAGCACGUCCGGAGCACUUAAGAAGAGCAUGCCCAACUCCACCAAGUCCUGGGAAGCACUGCUCAGUCAUGUGAUUGGCGAGCUCUCCAAAGGGAAGUGCAUCUACGACGCGCACCCCGAAGAGGUGUCUAUGCUGUGCUCCAGUGUGUGGUCUCCCCAGUCCAUUGAGUUCUUCCUGCAGCAGUACUGUCUGCCCUUCCUGCGUCUGUCCUGUCUGCUGCAGCACCACCUGUAUGGAGACAACCUCGUAGGCUGUCAGGUGGAGGAGGAGUUCUCCAUGCUCGCGGUCAGUCUGGGGCUGCCGGCCCCUGCGGCCCAGGCGGGAAACCCCGUCAGCAGCGCGCUGUGUCUGGAGUGGCCGACCGGCCCGUUCUCCCUGCUGCCCCAGUGGUGCGCCGAGGUCACCGGCCUCCCCGACACACAGGCCGAGCAGACAGUGACUCUGCUGGUGCAGGACCCCCGCUGGGCUGCCCCUCGCCUGCUGCAGCUGCCGGAGAACUACAACACCAUCUUCCAGUACUACCACCGCAAGGCCUGCACCUCCUGCAGCAAGGUGCCCAAGGACCCGGCCCUCUGCCUGGUGUGCGGCGCCUUCGUCUGCCUCAAGGGCCUGUGCUGCAAGCAGCAGGGCAUCUGCGAGUGCGUCCUGCACUCUCAGCACUGCGGAGCGGCCACAGGCAUCUUCCUCCUCAUCAACGCCUCGGUCAUCAUCAUCAUCAGAGGCCACCGCUUCUGUCUGUGGGGGUCAGUGUACCUGGACGCACACGGAGAGGAGGACAGAGACCUGCGCCGUGGCAAGCCGCUGUUCCUCUGUGCCGAGCGCUACCGUGUGCUGGAGCAGCAGUGGGUGGCGCACACUUUUGACCACAUCAACAAGCGCUGGGGGCCUCACUACAACGGACUCUAGACCCCCCCCACGCCACCCCACACUCACACUCACAACCCCCAGAGGCCCCCCAGGGGCUCGACCUGAGAUGCCCAGCCACCCCCCUCCCCCUGACCCCCCCCCCCUCCCCCAUUCACCCUGCCCAGCCUCACCCGGGGCCAUUUUUUUUCAGCCCUGCCUGGUGUAAAUCCUAUGGUAAACUUGUAUCAUGUACGAUAUAAACAGACUAACAAACAAAAAAAAAGAAAUCUACAUCCAGUGCAAAAAGGUUGCUGCCCCCCAGCCUUGGGUUUAUGUGAAGUUUUAGUGUACAAUCAUGCCAAUCGACUAACAGUGUGUGUGUGUUUUUAAGAAAAACAAAAAAAAGACAAAAAGAAACCGGUUAAAACAUUAUAUAAGUGAUUUGAGGUGUGGAUUUUAAAGGAAAAAAAGAGAGAAAGUGGGGGUAUUAGUGGUUUGGGGUGAGCUCACCGUAAAAGCACAAAUUUUUUUUUGGCCUCUCUUUUUUAAAGUUUGCUUUUGGUCUCCACAGAGGGGUCCUCUGUUGGCACGAGACGAGCGCUUCAGUGAGAUCACUCUGGAGAUGCAUGAACUUAAAACCCAUCAGUGAAUGUUUUUUUUUUUCCUUCUUUUUUUUUAAAGCAAAUUUGUUUAUUUCUCUUCUCACAGAACGUUCCAUGAGACAUUACAUCAGAACAUUCUAGAAGCGCUACACAAGGAAGGGGUAGAACUCUUAGCCAAAACGAAACAGUCACGACAAACCCACAGGCCUCCCUCAAUGAGUAAAACCCUCACGUCUAAUUUAAUACAUAUCUAUUAUUUAUAUAUGUUUCAUUCUCAGUCAGGUUGCAUCAGUGGAAGAUGUUUUGGCAUGUGCAAAAGGGCUCUUCUGCAUGUGAAACCAUUACUGUGACUUGCUUUAGCUUUAGGUCGCAGUAUGUGGCUUUUUCAGCAAGUGAAUGUGAGCAGUGCUAAAAACGAAAACCCCUCUGUAGGCCAGCAGACUGGGACAGGGCCUCGUUAUCAGAAGCUGAAUACAUUUCAGCCAAAAAUGAAUAAAGGAAAGAAAUGAAAGCGGCAUAAUUCAAUCAUAGCAUUUAGCCACCAAGAUGCAAGUAGCAUUUUUGGGCUAAGACUUGAUUGAUGCUAAGCUUUUGUUUGCACACGGAGAAUAGUGUGUUUACAUCACGUGAGUCUAGUAGGCAACAGAGAAAGGCUCUGGGUUUAAGGUCUGGUUGCAAAAAAAUCAUCCUCAGGAAUUUUGUUUUGUUAUCUUUUUUUUUUUUUUUUUUUGCUGUAGUUACAAAAAAGAAAGAAAAACAAAAAAAGUUUUUAAAGAUAUUUAAAUAAAUGCUGCUAUUCAUUAUUUGGAGAGAAAAAAAGUUAAUGAUUUACCUUUGUAAAUUUGAUUUAUGUAUAGUUUUUGGGUGGGUAGGGGGUGUUUUUCUUUUUUUCUUUUUUUUCUUUUUUUUACUUUUUUGUAUUCAAAAGAGAUGAAGGUCUUGUGUGCUUGUUUGGCUGUUCUGGUUUGCUUGGUUUGGUUUGAAUGGGCCGGUAAAGCUCCACUAUACGACUGCAGAUCCACAAGCCACCACCACAGCCCAGCUGGGGCUCUUGAGGCACCUGCCGUUAUACGACACUCCUCUGAACUUUACCCAUAAAGAUAUAACAGGGGGGUGUCUACAACAGCCUUUUUUGUUAUUGUUGAAUUGUUUUUUUUUUUUUUUGGCUUCGCUUUACCCAGGCUUGUAUAUCAGGUGGAUUGGUCUUUAGGUCUCCACGUUGCAGCCCUCUUUUGCAGAUGAUGUGGUGAUCACACCUAACAGCAGCUGCCCAGAAAGCUGCCCUGAGAACUAUAAAAGGUGCAAAACGGACAAUAAUGCCUGAGGGGCAAGUUGUAAUGAAAAGGUUUUAAACUGACAUCCAGUGCUGUAGGUUACCCAAAUAUUAAUUUGAUUUGUAUUAAUUUGAUACUAGGAUCACAUACACACACACACACACACACACUCUCUCACAUACUCACACUCAUAUGCACUUAAGCUCUGCUUACGUUGAUAAACCAGCACUUUCAUUUUCAUUGUAGUAUGUGUCCGAUGACCAGACUGAGGAUACUGUAACAACCCAGCCUACCAAACCCAGACCUGACUGGGCCCUGACUGCUGCAGUUGAGGUCACUUUAGAGGCUUCGGUGCCAAACUCUGAUGGGUCAAAGUGAUCCGCUUACACAUCUGUCUGGUGUGAAUUUCGAGUGUGUGUGUUUGUGUGUUUGUUUCUGAGUAGUCCCCAACAACCCCCUAUUGUGCUAAUGUCAUUUUAGAUCCAUUUUUUGUUGGUUAUUCCCCCAAAAGGAGUACAUGUGCUCUGUGGUGUGAGAUGGACCGUUUGCUGGCCAACUGGGAGUUACGAUUGAGAAAUGGAUAACAAAUGGCCCUGCUAACGCAAUGUAAAGUACCAAAUUACAUUGGGCCACCGUACUGCCUCUAGCAGCCAGUUAUGUCUCAAGAUAAGUGAACGUCUUGGGAAUUAAUUAUUUUGAGAUGCGUGCCCAGUAUAGACUAUAUGUGUUUGGGUUUUGGUCUUUUUUUUUUUUUUUUUUUUUAAGUUAUCUAUGUAUUUACAUGAAACGUUUAAAUAAACAUGAAACUCAUGAACUUA